CCAAAGACACAUGGAGUCGUCCCUGUAGGAAGCGCGACAAUGUUUUGGAACAAAAUCUUGCACGAAUGUCAUUUGAAAUGGAGAAUUUGUUCGACAAACUGAUACAGAGCGGCUCCAUUGGAUCCGAUGGCAUUGCUGACAAUCAGCACACGGACAAGACCGCCUCUGUCCUGGGGAAAACCCCACCGAAAAAAGAGGAAGAGGACUCUGUUGCUCCUAGCCCUGUUGUGUCACGUAGGGGGUCCUCGAUAGACAGUGAUUUGGCUACAGACGAUAUAGAUGGCCUGAAGAAAUUCACUAUCCCGAAGCAAAAUAAGAAAGGUCUCCUAGAAGUAGUUGACCUCGGCUCCAGAGAAUAUCUCCAAGACCUCUAUCCACUGAUACAGAGGAGUUUUAGGGAUCCCGCAGCAGAGAAGAAUUUUAAAUUCACCAAAGCAUGGCUGGUUCACAAUAAAUUAUUACAGAAGGUGUUUUAUGAGAAAAGGAAAGAGUUGACAGGACGUGAAGUACAAACCAGCUAUGCCUUCUUGUGUAGUACGUCACAAAGUGAGGUGAACAGAAUAUGCUCCCAGGGAGUUAACAUUGGGAAUUGCAGUACAUCAUGUUUGGGGAAUCCAGAAAUGGGUGUCAGCCUCUGCCGUCACGCAGAUAUUGUUCGCCAGGUACCUAUGCAGUUCGGAUUCUCUGCAAAGCUAAUUAUAUUUAAGAUCAUGAAGGGGAAAACCAUGCGUAUGUUGGAGAGUAGUGCUCACUUGGACCCCACCCCCAACUGUGACUGUCAUGUCUCCAAGACAGCCAACUCCUUUAACUUGAGUGCAGUGACCAUGCUGCAGGCCUUCCAGUCUACCCAGAUUUACCUGUAUGAAUAUGGAGACCUUGGCAUUGAACAGCGUCCACGUCAGGUUUUACCACACGCCGUAGUGGAGUUCACUUACAUACCAGACUCCACUUCACAGUCAAGCACAAAAUCCAGCAAUGUUGCAGCUAAGUCCAGUGUAGCAAAGUCUGCCAAAAAACCCACCAGCAAAAGGUUUGUUUUUCUUGCCGACCACAGCAGAGUUGGGGAUACUAACAAACAGCAGGGAGGUGGCCCAAUAAGUCCCAUGACUAACCACCCAAAACGCUCCUUAAAACAAGGACCUCUCAGUAGGAAAGUUGGACAGCUCCCCUCAGUAUCAGAGGGUGUGGCCUCCACCCCCAGUCAAAACAACCCCCCAGUCCGUAGCAGGUCUGGUAGUCAGUCAAAAAUGGCAUCUUCCAAUGUCACUACGAGAUAUGUUAAUGACUGUAAUCUUAGUGGUAGUAGUAGCAACUCUGUUCAACCCUUGUGGGGGAAACGUAUAUCUAAGACCCCAGAUAAGCCUGCUUUUGCAGCUGGUUCUCAGACUAAGAAACCUAAGCCGACUUUAAAUGGUCCAAAAAGUCCUGUCUUGCCGCGCAGACUUCCCAGUACUGUACCCAAGUCCCCCCAGCAUGUGCUGCCCUCUGUAGGUGCUGCUAAGUCCCAGAAUCCCUCACAAGGAAGUUGGUUUCCAGUAUCAGCUGAUAAAAGCACAACUAAAAGUAAAGAUGUUGCAGUGCCAUCAGUUUCUUCUGGUUCCCAGUCAAGUCCAGUGGUUUCUGCAGACAAAAUAAGUGCCCAUCCCUGUUUAAGGUCCCCAGCCAGACGUACUAGUGAUGAGCCUACGAAGGAAACAGCAUCUGAAAUUCAGGUUCUUCAAGCAAGGACAACAUUGCAUGACGGAGAAUCCGUUAAGCCAAGCGGAACUAAGAAUCUUGAUGUGCUUACAGAAGUGAAGGCAAAUUCUAAGGCUCUGGACACAGACAUGGGCACACAGAGGGAACUGUUACUUCCAGUACGUACACAGAAUGAUAUGUCUGUCAAUGAAGGGACAACGCAGAUAAAAACCAUACUAGACAAACCAGCAGAGUUGCCCAAAACACCUGUUCAAAUGCUCUCACCAAAGUCUCCCACACCACAGAGGCAGACGACAACUGAUUUUUCCAUCAGUACCUCACAAACUGCCACCUAUAUUAACCCAGCACCAGAUGUUUCUAGUAGCACUGUAACUGCCAGCGAAUGCUCUGUUUUGCAGUCUAUAACAGUGCCAUCACUGAAACAGACUCGACCUCAUGUCAAACAAGAAGCUCCAAGAUCUAUUAAUACUGUAUAUGAUUUAGAGAGAGUGUUUUCACAGCUAAAGACAGUGGCUCAAAAGCCUCCAGUUUUGCCAAAUACUACCAAAAGGAGCAUGCAGGAGAACAGGACAGAGCUUUAUCAAAAUUUAAUGAAUUAUCUGGGCAUAGGUGGCACAAGCAAAACCCUGCAUUUUGGCACUAGUCGCAUGGGAUCCAUGACUCAACUGAACAGUGGGAAAAAAAUAGCUGCAAGUAGUCAACUGGACUCUGCUGGACAAAUAGGUUCUAACAGUCAACUAGGCUCUAGCGGUCAACUGGACUUAAUUAGGCAAGUAGGUUCUGGUGGUCAACUGGGCUCUACAAGGCAAAUAGGUUCUGCCAGUCAACUGGGCUCUACAAGGCAAAUAGGUUCUGGCAGUCAGCUACCAUCCAGUGGGCAAUUAGUCUCUGGCAGUCAACUGGGCUUUGCUGGGCAACUAGGUUCUGGCAGUCAACUGGGCUCUGCUGGACAACUAGGUUCUGGCAUUCAACUGGGCUCUGCUGGGCAACUAGGUUCUGGCAGUCAACUGGGCUCUGCUGGGCAACUAGGUUCUGGCAGUCAACUGGGCUCUGCUGGACAACUAGGUUCUGGCAGUCAACUGGGCUCUGCUGAACAACUAGGUUCCAACACUCAGCUUGGCAGAAGCAAUAAACUUGGACCAACAUAUCAGGCAGACAUGUUAGGUUUGACCAAUCAGAUGGCACAAGUAAAGGAAGCUGAAAUGCAAAUAAGGCCUGAAGGUCCUGUAAGACAGAACAGUGACAGUGACACUAACAGUAGUUGUCUGGAAGUAGAAGUAGAAUAUCAGCAGAAAUUAGAGAGAGGAGUAAAAGGUACAGUUGGGUUCACCUCACAUCGUCCCCCUCUUCUUAGCACUCCACCAGGAUCACAACCAAUUGGCGGUGCCCCACAGGAAAGAAAGGAGGAACAGUAUGGUGAAAUGACAUUUUCUUCACACGGACAGUGUUUGCCACCACAGGCUGGGCAAAAUGUUCAUUCCCAUUUCUCUGAGAAGGGAGCACCACAAACUCAACCCCCGUUUACCAAACUGAUGGCGCCACAAGUCCAAUCCCAGGUUACUGAACAGAUGGCGCCAGCUUUUCAGCCUCCACUUACUCAGCAGGUUGCACCACAGGUUCAAAAGCAGUUUACUCAAAAGGUGGCACCACUAUUGCAGUCGCAAUUAAGUCAUCAGGCUGAGCCACAUGCCAAUGUUGCACAGAAGGAGAGAACUGACAUCCAGACGCAAUUUUUUGAACAAGUUCAGACACAACUAAGUCAAAGGAGGACAUCUGACUCUGACCACCAGGCACUGAUUUCACAAACAAAGAAGCUGCUUGUGGACACAGACCCUCACGGUGUUACACAGCCGGAGACGCGUCCAGUGUCAGGGCCAGUCUUGGGGACAAUGGACAUGGGACAGCAGGUGUCCGAGGACCCUAAACCCAGGGGAGUGCUGAUUUGGAGGGGGGAGGUCAGCAACAGGGGAGGGUUCCUUUGUGGAGUGGAGAUGAUCUCUUAUGGUCUGUGUGUUAAGCCAGCACGCAUUGGGAACACUAUGAACAUAAGCACCCAGAUGUCUGUGAAGAAGGUGACCCAGCGCUACCUGACUGGACUGGUGAUGGACAGGCACCAUGAAGUCAUUAACAAUGGGUUCUUUUACAACUACUGUGAACUGCGACCUCAGGGCGGCUGCCAGAACAAGUUUAACAGUCUUCUGGCUGUGCUGCUCAGGAAGGAUGCUGCCAUCAUUGUAAAAAUAGAAGAAGCAGAUGCUCUACUUUUUCCUAAUUGUGAAGCAACACACAGAUUGGGACUGUCAACCCCCAGUGAGCAGCGUAUGGCACUUCACUGUGUUUUUAUUUCUGAGAAAUCCAGAGUUGAGGCAAUGAGAGACAAAGUAGUCAGGUCGCCUCCUGCGCACAGAUCAAAUUUACGGCAUGCACAAAGGAGCCUGACUAUGUCACUAGGGGGCUCUGGUAGAUACAAGACAGGACAAACUCAGUCUGGUACAUGUACUAAUCGACAAAGCCAUGAUUAUACACCGCCUGUAGCAGCUGAAGAAGACAGACCGUCACAAGCAGUCAGGGUGGAUUUCAGCCGGGCAUUUGGAGGUUCCUAUGACACCACUGGUCUUCGUCAAGACGCCAGCGGCAGUACCUGGAACCAUCCUUUUGCCCCAGGUUUCCCAUCGCAACCACCAGGGGUCAGCCCUGUACAGGGUCUGCGAGAUGCUUCAGGAGAUCAGUUCCGGCUGCCACCAAAACUCACUCGCACUCCACACGUUCCCUUGGACCAUUUUGACACAGGGUUUAAUAGUCAAGUUGUUUCCGGUGCUCUUUUGAUGGACACCAAGUUAGAGAAGGGGUUCCAGGACCAAGGCAUUAUGCAAAAUAACCGAAACCUGGCCAUAGCACGAGGGACAUACCAGUUCAAGGAGCCAAUCCCAAAAAGUCUGAUAACAUUCCCCUCUACAAUAGGUGGCACCACUGGACAGAGCCAGCUGAUGACAUCUGUCCAACAAGUGCAGGCGCCAUCUAUAGUUCAAGCACAACAAAAAGAUAUGAGUGUAUCAUUCCAGUCAUCAGUAGGAAAUACAUCAUACACAAGCCCGAGCCCUUCUACUUCAUCUUCCUAUAUUAAAUCAGAUACAGUCCAGUCCAGCUUGUCUCUAGCUUCGCAAAACAAUAUAUCAUCCAUUAGUAUGCCCUCUAUAGCAUCACCACAGACUCUUGAUGGUUUAGCGCCACCUGGUGGUUCGAACUUGUUAACCUCUCCAAGGCUCAUCCCCAGCAGCCCUGGGGUUGGCGUGAACCCACCCCUGGGGAUAUCCUCCAGACCGGGCCCCUCCCCUAAAGAGGGAGAACUGACCCACAAGUCCAUCUCUGUUCUCAUCAAUCAGCUGACGGAGAACAUCGAGCAGCUUCAGGCUCAGCAGAAACUGUUGAUAGAACAAAGGAAAAUGACACCGCCUCAGACACCACCACGGACACCCACUGGUGAGCAGGACCUCUCUCCAGCAUCCCUGUAUAAAAGGUCCAGGGACCCAAGGAUGGCCAAGGGGAUGUUCAGGUCACCAGAUGGAGCAACAGUCGAGAUGAGGUCACCUCCUGUGGCUUACAUAUCAAACAGCGGGGGUCGGGAUCAGCAAACCCAACCGAUGGACAUCACCAUGGUUAAAAGUGAUAGUGAUUUUGCUGAGACGGUCCCCCAUUCCAGUGAUGCUAAGUCCUCCAUUGUUGUGUCACAAACGGGAGCAGGUGCUCUGAGGACAGCUACCAGUAGUCAGCAUUCGGAUUUAGUAAAGAGCCCCUCUGUCGGAAACCCAGCCAGCACAAGUACCUGCAAGACAGCCAUAGCCAAUACCAACAAGACCAGUGUCACUAUCACUCAGACUACAUUGAGACCAGCAGUCAGCUCUACACUGACUUCAGCAGGCCUGUUGACCAGCCCCGCUCAGACCACGGGGAGAUCGUCGGUCAGUACAACACAGGCCAUGUCCAUCAGUACUGGUCCAAUAGUCAGCUUGACCACUCCAGCCAAGGUGGACAGUCCUAUUAUGAAGGAUACCAUGACAACGGUAUCAGUGGAGAGAGGUUUGAGCAGCACAACGGGUACCACUAUGAGCAGUAUGAGCAAUAUAGAAAUGGUUCGAUCUACUCAGAAGACACACAUGGCUUUGAAUAUGGCGUCUAACACAGAGGGGCUGACUUCAACAACUAUGAAAACAGGACUUGAUAACGAAAAGUCCAAAGGUCACAAAGACCUUUCUAAAGGUGGAAAUAAUACAAACCUAAGUCAAAAAAUAGAUUAUACAAAAAGACAAAACUACCCAGUUGAAUCUCCUACAAAAGAGAGUAUCAGGGACAUCCAGCUGCCUCCUGGCAGUCCCAAAUAUCCCAGUCCCAGGAUUUUUCCCCCAGGGGGAGCCACCCAGGGGAUGGGUAAAACUCUUAACAGUGGCAUUUCUCUAGAAAAGAAAGUAUUUCCUUCUAUUAGUUCAAGGGAUCCAAGAGUAGUUUCUCAGGUUACUGCUCAGACAGCAGGAUCUGUACCACAGACUAUCCAAUCACUCACGAAAGACAGACAUCUUUCUGGGGAGGAAAAGAUUAGUGAUACUAGAAAUGUUAGUUCUUUAUCAGAUGUGGAAGCAGACAAGAUUGUAAAACGUAUUCCAAGAACAGUUAGUCAGGAUUCGAGGAAUGCCACAGAAAUUGAUAUGAAAAAGCAAUAUCCUUCUGCAGAUACACAGUCCACUGUAACCACUGAUAAACAGAAGGAAGUACAGUCACAACAAACACACUUGUCAAAUCUCAAUACUCGAAACAACUUGUCUGACAGCACAAGCAGAUCUAAAGCACCGACUUCCGAACAGCAGAAACUUUCCAGCAAAGUGACACCUGUGGCCAUUUCUCCUGGUAUUGGAUCGAAUAGCCAGACCUCGCAAAGUAAAAGAGAUGCAGACUAUAUUGAGAGUGCUGACGACAUGAGAGCUCUACUGGACAGCACCAUUACCGUGGCAACCACAGACAUGGCUGCCAGUCCUUCACCAGUAAAAACUGUGGACCCUCCUUUUAAGAAAAAGGAGCUUUUGGUGAAGAACUCUGAACCUGGGGAUAAAAAGGAGGAAGUUUCUGUUAAGAUUGGUGGAAAGCCACAAGUCAAAUCUAUAUCAGCAUCCAGUAAACAGGCAGAAUUGUUACGUGAAAAGGCUGAAAAGUCUCUAGAAAAGGGAGGCAUGUUGGCUAAGACCGUACCACCCAGUGCUACGUCGCUCUCUGCCACUACUAGCAGCACGGGCACUGUCACAGGCAGCCAGAAGAGCGGUAUCAAGUCCAUGGAUACCAAACAGAACAUUAUGAAAAAUUUCCGCAUUCCAAAGAUAUCUGAGGGAUGUGCCCCUACAACCAUUCCGUUUGAAAUUCCGCGGUUGGCCGAGUCCAUUCCAGUGCCAUCAGCAGUGGAGACAGAAGGUGUUGAGAAGAAAGUGAAGGAGACAGGAGAGAUGAGAGAUGGGAAACCUGUUGGCCUGCAGGAAAAGAGAUGUGGUCCAAUGCUGGGAUCAAGGCCAUUUCUUAGUGAGGAACCAGCAAACAAGAAAGCCAAGCCCAGCUCUUCAGGUUCUACUGAUACCCAUAAGUCUCUGCCCAAGAUGGUGCUGGCCAGUCUUACCAAAUCCAACAGAAUAGAUGACAGUGAGUUGUCAGAGAACGAGGCCCCGAAAGAGUUCAAAGGGCUGGGCAGCUUAGGGGGGUCUUUUAAAGUAACCAUAACAAAGACAGAGACACCAACCAGGUCUAGCGGCCUGAAAAAGAACUUAGCUUUGAAAAAAGCAAUCAUGUUUCUCACGUCCAUCGCACCAAGGUACAACAACUUUACCCAUCCUAUACAAGAUGAAGAGCUAGCAGCCUGCCGGGCGGGGGCAUUUUCCAAUGUCCAUAUUAAAGUGGGCAACGAUGGUCAUCACGAUGUGACGGUGACUUUUCAUCAAGAUGUGGAUGACCAGGGAAGUGACCAGAAGGCACUGACAAGUGACCCCAUUGAGGUGUUGGCCACCACAGUAAGGGAGGCAAUACACAAAAAGAGCACCCUGCAGCUGAGUGCCACAGAGCUUUACAUGCAAAACCUGACCAACAUUGCUGUGCACCACUUGAUGCCAGAUGAGGAAUCUUCAAGUCCUGAACCAGAACAGUGCCUGGGUGAUACACAAGGGAAUAUCAGCUCUGAUGUGUCUAGUGUUGUGGAGGAGAAAAGGGAACCAGCAGUUUUGAGCAAGGGAAAAGUAGUGGAACACCUCACAGAAGGGCAUGGGCCAUUUGGGAUGAUGUCUCCAUCUCAGGAUGCCACAGUGUCCUCAAGUAUGGGGACACCUCCGAAAACAUUUCAAAUUCAGACCACAAAAAUGAGUGCUGAAAUGCCCACCAAAUUGGCCAUGCCACAGCUUCCAUGUUCACCUAUCAGAUCCUCCCCUGCUGGCACACCCACCAAGGUCACCAAGGUCACUGGGGCGCCACUGGAGUCCACGCCACUCAAGACAGGACCAAGUCUAUGUGGACCUGAGAUUCAGACUGAAGGAAAACCAUCUACAGAGAAAAAUAAUGAUAUCACAGAUCUGGUAUCACCUAAAGGAGACGGCAGGAAGGUCAGGGUUGAAGAAGAGGCUCAUGGGGUUGACCAGCCACUGGCUAAGUCACCGUCUGUGUCCAUGGUCUCAGUGGAUAGACAGAAGAGAAGACACCAUCCCUACCUGCCCAGCCUUCCUAAACCAGAAGUCAAGAGUUUUAUACCUGCAAGUGACCUCCAAGAACUCAUGCAAUCUCUGCAUUCUGCCGCCUUCAAAGGCCGCCGGCAGGCUGCUUGUAAUGCCGAUAGUCUCUUCCUGCAGAGGCUUGCUAAAAAGCUAGUGCGUGGUGCCUCUCCUCGCUUUGCUGGCUUUGAUUUCUUGCAAAAGAUGUGCAAGGAUGGUUCUAGUCUGUCACGCUCUGGGAAUGAUGAAGAUGAAUCACAGCCUAUAAAACCCAGUGACAUCCCAGACUUUGAGAGGCGUAAGGAGCUGACCAGACAGUUGGAUGCUGAGUUGGAGCGCCAGCCAGAAGUAGAUAAUGAAGGGGAAUAUGAGUUAGAAGUGUCAUUGUAUUCUAAGAAGGAUGACCAGCCUGAUACUGUGAAAUAUCAAGGAGAUGGUGAGAAACCAAAGGCCCCUUCUGCCAUAACCCUGAUAGUUCAACCACCAGCAGCAACAGCAGUGCCAUCUGGUAACCAUUUCUCCAGUACAGCAGCUCCCUCUGCUACAAAAGAUGGUGUCAGUGGUAUCAAAUCCCCAGGAAGAUCCCCCAUAUCCCCUAGGUCACCUUAUAUAUGGGACAGCAGCGUCAGUUCACCAAAAUGGCCCCCAGAAAAGAGUCUCAAUCUGAAACCAAUUGAUUUUGAGUUCCGAGACAUUGAAUACACACCCAAUCCUUUGGUCCUUCACUUGGCUGUGCUGGAGAUCCAUUAUGAUGCCGAAAAAGAUCCAAGACUUAGGUGCCAAUCAUCCAAGUUGUAUGGCAGGAGACGGAAAUUAAUAAGAUCAAUAAGUACACCUGAGAAAAAAAUGUCAUCUCCUGCUAUGCGGCAGGUCAGAACUUUAUCAGCUGAACAAAAUCAAGCUGAUGUAAAAAAUACUGAAGCUUCUUCACUACUGGGAACACCAUUGUACAGGUCUAAAUCUGAAUCUAAAAACACUGAAUCUUCUUCUGUGGGAGUACCACACCAUAGCUCUCAGUCUGUGCUGAAAAAGAAAACAUCGCCUCUGAAGACUGAGGCAUCUUUCCAGGAGCAUGGUGACUCAAAACACAAUGCCGAUCUUCUUGCAGCAGCCAAAGCUGAGCUUCACCUGGUAGACCAGCAAAUUGAAGAGCUGAAAAAGAAGUUGAAGUUUAAAAGCAAAUCACAGCAGGGAGAUGGGGAUUCUGGCAUGGAAUCUUCAACAUUAAAUAAGACAGAAAAGGUGGAAGGAGCUGCCCAGUUACAGACUCCAGAAGUAGCAACAGUCAAGUUAGAAAAAGACCAAACCCCAGUCCAUCCUGAAAGUUUUAAAAUUGACUCGUCCUCACCAGGCAUGCCUGAGGGUAAGCUGUCUAAGCAAGUGAUCAAGAGGAACUUACCAAAGAGGUUUUCCACUGUGGAGAAAGUAAGCUGGUGGCUUGAAGGAGGCUCAGAUGUCUCUGCAGAGGAAAUAGCUCAAUACGCUGAUAGUGAACUGGAUGGUGCAAUGGAUGAUGCCAGCAGCAGAACAGAACCGGCUGAGGAUGAUGAGAACCAAGGUGCAGCAUUAGAUGACAUGUUGAGUAGGAACACUGUGGCUGUUUCAUCCAGGACUGAGAGUAUGAUUGAGGCUGGCAUGGGUGGUAACUUGACUGCAUCAACCGUUUGUAUGGAGAUAACUUCACAGGACAAAGAUGGUAACCAGCACUUAAGGCAUUCAGCAAGUUCAUCUGCAGCUGAUGUUGAAGUUUUAUCAAGCCUUGUUCCCCUGCCUCCUACCCUUCCUCAGAGGAGAAAACUUGCAGAAAUGGCACCCAUGUUGGCAAGGAAAACGGGGGAGAAUAAGAGAGAGCUCAGUCAAUGAGGAGAAGCAGUCAUUACUUGGAGAAAAAGUUAGAGUGGAGGCUAGAGAUGCAUUCUCAGAUGAAGGACAUUGGCAGAUUACUGUCAGCAACACUGCUUUU